AUGCUGGAGGGGCCCGGGCACACUCACAUUUCCUCACAGAGCCCUGGGUGUGGUCUCCAGCUCAGGGUGACCCUGUGCAUGCGUGUGAGUGUCUUCUACACGCCUUCCACUCAGGGCUCCAUCCCUGGGACCACGCCCUCCGCAGCCCAAGGCCGCGCCCGUGACAGCCAAAGACCACGCCCAGACCCGUCCCUGACCACGCCCAUCGCAGCCCUGGAACCACGCCCUCCGCAGCCCAAGGCCACGCCCAGACCCGUCCGGGACCACGCCCGCCGCAGCCCGGAACCGCGUCCUCCUAUAGGGUCUGUCACAGCAGCUGCCAGGAACAGCAGCGCCUGCGCCCUUAUGGCCGAUCACGUGGUGGCAGCAGGACAGGAGUUACUCACCGUGGUGCCAGGUCGAGGCUCGGGCAGUCAGAGUCAAUACAGUGUCCCUCAGCAACUGGCCAUGUCACCUGACCUAGCUGCAGGAGCAGAGAACAUCUCCACCCCCGGGCCCUCAUCAUUGCACCUGGGUACAUACAUGUGUAGCAGAGCACCCCGAUGGCCGCGGGCGGUUUCCCGGAGCCCCGCGGUUGGCCACGCGCCGCGCUCUCCGCCCCGUUGGGGACGCCCAGGCCACCGGCCGGAUGAGGGACACGGGGGCAGAGCGCUCAGGCCGGGGCCGGCGGGGACCCUGCGCGCUGACCGCCGCGAUCCUCUGGCCACUCCUCCUGCUGCUGCGCUUCCCGUCCACCUCGUCCCUCUCUGCAGGUCCACUAACCCGUCUGAUUACCGGAUCCUACUUGGGUACAACCAGCUAAGCCAUCCCACAGAGCACAGCCGGCAGAUGACAGUGAACAGGAUCAUGGUACACGCUGACUACAACAAGUGGCACCGCAUGGGGAGUGACAUCACCCUGCUGCAGCUGCACCGUCCUGUGGAAUUCAGCUCCCACAUCCUCCCCGCCUGCCUUCCGGAACCCACCACGUCGUUGGCCCCUGACAGCUCCUGCUGGAUAUCUGGUUGGGGAAUGGUCACCGAGGAUGUCGUCCUGCCUGAGCCCUUCCAGCUUCAGGAGGCAGAGGUCGGUGUCAUGGAAAACAGUGUCUGCGGAUCCUUUUUCCAGCCCCAGUACCCCGGCCAGCCAAGCAGCAGUGACUACACCAUCCACGAGGACAUGCUGUGCGCUGGGGACCUCAUAACAGGAAAGGCCAUCUGCCGGCACUCAGAGGAGCCUCCCCACAACAGGUCCACUAACCCGUCUGAUUACCGGAUCCUACUUGGGUACAACCAGCUAAGCCAUCCCACAGAGCACAGCCGGCAGAUGACAGUGAACAGGAUCAUGGUACACGCUGACUACAACAAGUGGCACCGCAUGGGGAGUGACAUCACCCUGCUGCAGCUGCACCGUCCUGUGGAAUUCAGCUCCCACAUCCUCCCCGCCUGCCUUCCGGAACCCACCACGUCGUUGGCCCCUGACAGCUCCUGCUGGAUAUCUGGUUGGGGAAUGGUCACCGAGGAUGGUGAGCAGUGCAGUCAAGUGGCCUGA